AUGGCCUUUGACGCGCUCCUCGCAAGUGGCCGCGCCGCCGCCGAGAUCCGCGACGCAAUCUCCGAGCAGGAGAUCGAGAUUGUGCUGACGGCGCACCCGACCGAGGCGCAGCGGCGGACGAUCCUCAAGAAGCACCAGCAGAUCGUGGCGCUGCUCGGCCAGCACGAUAAGGGAACCGUGCUCACCCCCGGCGAGGUGACCGAGCUCGAGGAGGCAAUCUCGCGCGAGCAGGCGGCGGCGUGGCGCACCUCCAAUGUGCGCCGCUCCAAGCCGACGGCGGAAGGCGAGGCGCGCAACGGACUGAUGGUGAUUGAGGAGACCUGCUGGGACGCCGUGCCAGAGCACUACCGCCGCCUUGACCGCGCCCUCCGCCGGAUCGGCCAGCCGCCGGCCAUCGUCAAAGUGUCGACAUGGAUGGGCGGAGACCGCGACGGGAACCCAAACGUCACGGCCGUCACGACGGGCCACGUGCUGUGCCUGCAGCGGGCGCGGGCAGCGGAGCUGUACCACAAGGAGGUGGAGAAGCUGCUCUAUGAGCUCUCGCACACCGGCCCCGUCUCUGCGGAGAUGCGCGCCGCCCAGCGUAAUGCUCGACGGGCUGCCGCGGCUGCCGGCCAGCGUCACCGAGAUGCUCACCGAGGUGGGCUCCCUCCCGCAGGACGCGGCCGAGAGCCUGAGGCUGAUGAGCGAGCGCGCCGGCAACAUGGACGCGAGCACGUUGCUCUCGUCCGCCCAGUUGCUCGGCGAGCUGAUGAGCCAGGCGAACCUCGCGCUCGCCCAGCAGACCCGGGCCACCGGGUGCGAGCAACGUCUUUUGACAGCCGGGCGUUGUGCACAGGCGACCGCGUCCUCGCCAACGGCACGCUCCUCGACCUGCUCCGCCGCGUGCGCACCUUUGGCAUCUGCCUCGCCAAGAUGGACAUCCGCCAGGCAGAGAGCGACCGGCACUCCGAGGCGAUCGACGCAAUCACGCGCGCCCUCGGGCUCGGCAGGUACCUCGAGUGGGACGAAGAGGCGCGGAUUGCGUGGCUCUCGGCGGAGCUGGAGGGAGGGGCCCCCCCGCCCGACCCGCGGAUACUCCCUCUCGCAGGCACGCUGGCGGCAGACGAGCGGGUGAAGGAGGUGUUGGCGACCUUCGCCCUCCUCGCCACGCUGCCGCCCGAGUGCCUGGGCGCCUACUGCAUCUCGAUGGCGCGCAGCGCGUCCGACGUGCUCGCGGUGCGGCUGCUGCAGGUCAAGAGCGGCGUCAAGUCGCCGAUGCGCGUCGCGCCGCUCUUCGAGACGCGCGAGGACCUGCAGAAUGCGCCGCGCGUCGUCGCGCGCCUCUUCUCCGUCGCCGCCUACAAGGGCGCCAUCGGAGGCUUCCACGAGGUGAUGCUCGGCUACUCUGACUCGUCCAAGGACGCCGGCAAGUUCGCCUCGCUCUGGGAGCUCCACGUCGCCAUGGAGAAGAUUCUGGAGGCGGGCCGCGCCGCCGGCGUGCGCAUCAACUUCUUCCACGGGCGCGGCGGCUCCAUCGGCCGCGGAGGCGGCCCCCUCCACUUGGCGCUGCUGUCGCAACCCGCCGGCUCGAUUGCCGGCGCGUACCGCGUAACCGUGCAGGGGGAGCAGAUCCAGGCCUUCCUCGCCUCCACCGAGCUCGCGGUGCACACCUUCCAGAGCUACGCCAUCUCCGUGCUCGAGCACACGAUCUCGCCGCCAAAGCUCCCCACCGACGCGCAGCGCGAGCUGAUGCAGCAGCUGGCCGACGCGUCUGCCAAGGCCUUUCAGGCGCAGGUCUACCAGUCGGAAGACGGCAUCUUCUCGCGCUACUUUCACGCCGCCACGCCGACGUCGGCGCUGGCCUCGAUGAACCUCGGCUCGCGGCCCGCGAAGCGCAAGGCUGCCGGCGGUAUCGAGACGCUCCGCGCGAUCCCGUGGGUGUUUGCCUGGACGCAGACGCGGCUCCACUUGCCCGUGUGGCUUGGGUGCGGCGCGGCGCUCGCGGAGCGUAUCGCCGGAGGCGGGCUCGCCGAGCUGCGUGACGCGUACUCGACCUGGCCCUUCUUCCGCGGCCUGGUGGACCUGAUGGAGCUCGAGCUCUCCAAGGCGGAGCCCGCCGUCUCCGAGUACUAUGACGGCCGCCUCUGCACGCCGGACCUCCGCGCGGUCGGCGAUGGGCUGCGGUCGGCGCUCGCGCAGGCGAAGGCGGCCGUCAUGGAGGUUGCGGGCCACGCCCUCCUCCUCGAGAACCACCCGCUCGCCAAGCAGUCCUUCGGCCUGCGGCAGCCGUACCUGCUCACCCUGCACGCCAUCCAGGGCGAGGUGAUGGCGCGCCUCAAGAAGGAGCCGAGCGACGCGGAGAGGCUCGCGCUGGACGACGCCAUGACCGUCACCGUGCAGGGGGUCGCCGCCGGCAUGCAAAACACCGGCUAG